AUGAAUAAGGACGCCGCCUUCACGUAUGUCCACAUGCAUCGCUCCCGGGACGCGGACCUGUUCGAGGAUUUCUCCAAGGACAAGCUCCCCAAUGAUGAGGUUUAUGUCAAACCUGAGCACCAGCCUGUCAACCCUGAGGAUGAGGAUGACGUUGUGCCGGACCAGCAUGCCGCCUUUGGUAUUCAAAAGGCGACUCAACGGGUCAAGGAGCCGGCGUGGAGGGAUCUUGGCCUGAGAGAUCUCAUGGAUAGGGGCCCCAAAUCUAAAGGGGCGACGGCAAGCUCGGGAAGUAAGCUACCCCGUUGA